AUGGCUACCACAGUACCCGAGACAAAUCUUUCUACAAAAACAGAAGUCCAAUCUCACAAUGCAACAUCAUAUCAUCAGUCUAUCAGCCCUUCCACCCUCGAUGUCGAAAAUCAAAGCACAAAAGAAGCUGAGGAGACGACAUCCAAACAAUCAGCUUUCAAAAGCCUUGGUUGGCUAGAUCGCUUUUUGGCCCUAUGGAUCUUCCUUGCUAUGGCAAUCGGAAUCAUACUGGGUAACUUUGUGCAAAAUACGGGACCAGCCCUUCAGAAAGGAAAGUUCGUUGGGGUUUCCAUUCCGAUUGCGAUUGGCCUCCUGGUUAUGAUGUAUCCCAUUCUUUGCAAAGUGCGAUACGAAUCUCUACAUCACGUUUUCCGAGAGCGGGGAAUAUGGAUCCAGAUUGCUUUCAGUAUCGUUGUCAACUGGAUUAUCGCGCCCUUUCUGAUGCUGGCAUUAGCAUGGGCUUUCCUCCCAGAUGAACCAGAACUUCGAGAGGGGCUGAUCCUCGUUGGAUUAGCCAGAUGUAUCGCUAUGGUUCUUAUUUGGACCGGCCUCGCCGGCGGCGAUAGUGAAUACUGUGCUAUACUUGUCGCAAUCAACUCACUAUUACAGAUGGUGCUUUUCGCCCCCUUCGCAAUUUUCUUCAUCAAAGUCAUCAGCCAUUCGGGGAGUCAAGUCUCGCUGUCUUACUCUGCAGCAGCCAAAAGCGUAGCUGCUUUCCUCGGCAUCCCCCUAGGUGCCGCAAUCAUUACCCGCUUCACCCUGCGAAAAAUUGCUAGCCCACGCUGGUACGACCAGGUUUUCCUGAAGUGGUCUGGUCCAUGGUCACUAAUUGGCCUCCUAUUCACAAUCCUUGUGUUAUUUGCAUCUCAGGGCCGCCAGGUCGUACAUCAGAUUGUAUCAGUCGUCCGAGUGGCCGCUCCACUUAUCGUUUAUUUUAUUAUUGUCUUCUUCGUCACACUUCUUGUGACUUAUAAACUCGGGUUUGGAUACAAGUUGGCUGCUACUCAGAGUUUCACCGCUGCGAGCAACAAUUUCGAACUCGCCAUUGCUGUUGCCGUUGCGACUUUCGGUGCCAACAGUAAUCAGGCUCUUGCCGCUACUGUUGGUCCGUUGAUUGAAGUUCCGGUGCUACUUGGUCUUGUAUAUGUUGUGAAGUUUAUAGCUAAGCGAGCGGGGUGGAAGGAUUGA